CAAGGAAACCCAACGAUGUGGAUUGUGGAGUGGAAGGAGACGGCAGGCAAGUAAGCGAGAGAAUGAGAUCCAGAGAGACAGAGCGAAGACCAACCUUCGUUCCACAUCACCAACCACAAAUUAAUCAAAGCCGGCUGGCCCCCUCCUUAUAAAUCGUCCACAGUCUCCUCCGUCUCCAUUUCAACCAGGGCUUAAUUCUCUUAAUCUUCGUUGAGAUCUGUAUAGAAUUGUAAGUCGUAAAAGGGAUCGAUGGAUCACACAUCAGGAGCUCAAUGGCCAUUACCACACGAAGAAAGUGGCGGCGCCGGCGAUCUUUCCUUCAUGUACCACGAAGCGGCCGCCGCCGAACUAAAUUCUCUGGAACAUUACUUCACCGUCAACCAAAUUAUGGAAUCACUCGUCGAGGAGCUGCAACACGACCCUCUUCUCCCCUCGGUCCCCGCUAAUAAUCACAGUUACAAUACGGCCGCCGCCAAUUGCUUCCACGCCGGCAACACCUUGAACAUAUCCUUCGCCGGGACAGCGUCGGCCGCCGGGAGUGCGAGAGCGCAACAGGAGACCGUGGAGAGUAACCCACAAGCUUCCUCCGGCGUGCUCUCGUUCGGGAACCACCACCAGGACGUCGACGCGCCGAUGAGUUUGUUCUCGACGUGGAGAAAUAGUAGUAGCAGCGGCGAGGGGAUGAGGACGUUGAGCUUCCAAUUGCCGGAGAAGAGGGCGUCGGCGAGUCGGCCGCCGUCGGCCAGCGCGCAAGACCACGUCAUCGCGGAGAGGAAGCGGCGGGAGCGGCUCAAUCAGCAGUUCAUAGCUCUCUCCACCAUCAUCCCUGGAUUGAAGAAGACGGACAAGGCUUCGCUGCUUGGGGACGCCAUCAGCUACAUCAAGCAGCUCGAGGACAAAGUGAAGAACCUCGAAGAGAAAGCUUCCGAGAAGACCGUGGAAUCUACCAUCCUCCUCAAGAAGCCACCCACCGCCGGCGACGCCACCUCCUCCGUCAACCCUCCUCCUCCUCCUCCUCACAAUGACUUGGACGACGAGGAGGAUGAAGCUGCCUUGAUAUUCCCCAAGAUCACGGCUUCCCUCAACGGCAACUCCAUCCUGGUGAGGAUCCAAUGCGAGAAGAGGAAAGGCUUGUUCGUGAAGGUGCUGUCGGAGAUCGAGAAGCACCGCCUCUCUGUCGUCAACACCAGCGUCAUGCCCUUCGCUUCCUCCUCCCUCAACAUCACCAUCACUGCACAGAUCGAAGAGGGAUUCUCCAUGGCGAUUAAGGAUCUGGUGAAGGAUUUAGAUUCAGCUCUCAGUCAGUUCCUGUGAAGAAUACAUGACGACGAUUAAUUGCACUGAGAAUCACACUCCAUAAUUAUCACGUAGUUAAUAUGUAAAUAAAAAAAUUUAUGCAUCCGACACGAUACUAUAUAUGUCUGUUAGGCGGCUGUUAGCUCUAAUUUGAACAUUUAAUGAGUGUUAAUUGACUUAA